AUGACAAUUGCUAUGUUCAAGCAGCCAAAGCCGCCAGUUGACAAGGAGGAAAUUGAUGAUGCUAAUAAGAAGAAUGCAAAGUCAGAAAGCCAAAUUAUGACCUCAUCAGAUGAAGAAGAUCAAUUGGAGAAUAAUGUUCUUCCUCUUAAUCAAGUCGUUAAUAAACCUCCAGAGAAGAGACAAAGAGCUCCAUCGGCUUAUAAUUGCUUUAUCAAAGAAGAGAUCAAGAGGCUGAAGACUCUAUAUCCCAACAUGACUCACAAGCAAGCUUUCAGUACCGCAGCAAAAAAUUGGGCCCACUUUCCACCAAGUCAACAUAGAGGAGGCUGUAGUGUUGGAGACAGGAAAAUGGCAAAGGUUUCUGCUGCAAGAAACUCUAUGGUCCCAAGAGAUAGCAAUGGUUUAAUUCCUUGAAAGAAAUGCUUCAAGUAUGACUUCGUCUCAUGAGUGAAGUGAUCUCAAUCAUUCCGAAAUCGAAAAAUUGAA